UCUUACGAGACCAUUCAUUCAUUACUCUGUCUAUUGUUACUUUGUGUCGGAAAAAUCGUCAUUGCAUUUUUCCCUAAUCAUAAGGAAGUGUUAUUACGUCAUAUUUCAGAGUUUUUUUAAACUUUACCAUAAAGUUAUAAAAUCUUCUCUUCCCUCUGGACCGCGAAAGCGAACAGACGUGCACUCAGUGUUUUUGUAAAAAACAAAUUUUGGCUAAAUUAAAUCAGUUUAAAAAUUUCGCGAAGUACCAGGCGCGCAUAACAUAGUUAGUGUAAGCGGAGUGCUGUGGAACGCCGACCGCGAGUGAGAGCGAGAGAACAACAACCGAGACGGAAGCAGCGGGCUCGCUAUGUCACUCGCGCGCACUUCGUGACGUCCCCUUCGACGCUUGCCAUAGUCCACAAGCGACAGCGAGAGCGGGUAAUUUAUUUUUUUUUUUUUUUAAGUGUGUCCCAAGUCAAAAAUUUCGGAUUUUUUCAACUUAACCUUCAAGAACUAUGCCACGAACAUUACUCCGGACGCCACCCAAACAAAAAACACCAUCUAAAUCUGAAUCAGAUAUUCAACAACUGGUUGCUGAAGAAACCGUGAAAUUAAAUAUUACCCAAAGAGCAAAGCGUAAAUGUCUAUCAGGGGAGGUCUCAAAUAUUCAACAGAAUGCGAGUGACAACGAUGAAUUUGCAAACUUUAAAAAAGAGAUUAAAGACAUGAUUAAAGAACUACUUAGUAUACACAAUGGCCGACUAGACAAAUUAGAAAAUCAUAUUUUGGAGAUUAAAAGUCAUUAUGCUGACAUCAAAACAGUGAAUACGGAACUUGAAAAGUCAAUGUCAUUUAUUUCUGACAAGAUAUCAUCUCUAGACAGCAAGAUUUCAGGGUUAGAAAAAGAAAGAAAUGCGAUGUCAACCAAAUUAUCAAUGCUAGAGCAACAAACGGAAAUACAUAAUCGCAAUUUAACUAAAACUUCGGUAGAAAUUCGAAACGUACCUAAGAGACUGGGUGAAACUAAGUCUAUGCUGUACGAUACCAUUAAACAUUUCUCAAAACAGCUUAAUAUAGAAAUGGAACAAAUCCAUAUCCGUGACAUAACAAGGCAGCCUUCGAAAAAAGAAAACCUAACAUCAAACAUUACAUUAGAAUUCUCAAACACACUAUUGAAAACCAAUUUUCUAAGCGCAGUCAAACAAUUCAAUAAGCAAAACCCUAAAAGCAAGGUAAACUCUACUCACUUGGAUAUAACAACUACUCGAGAAUCACCAAUUUACGUUACAGAACUUUUGACUACGCAAGCAAAAAGAUUAUUUUAUCUCACGAGAGCAUACGCAAAAACCAACGAAUAUAGGUUCUGCUGGACAUCGAACGGCCGGAUAAUGUUAAAAAAGGAUACGGAUACUCAGACAAUCAUUAUUAAUGAUGAACAACAACUGAAGCAUUUACCUCAACCAAGCAAAGCAUGACUACGAACGCUGAAUAUUAAUUAUAAUAACUCUACUUACAUAAUUAUCCUUUUGUUUACCUAUUUUAUCUUUUUUACUAACAUGCUUAGAAUAAGCACUCAUACAACACAUAUACACAUACAUAAUAACUUUCACAGAAAACCGCAUCACCAACUGCACAACUUUAAAUAUACACGCAUAUAUCUCAAUAUACAAAACCCCGUCAUGUCACCGAGUUUUCGCUCUCAUAGUAAAUCCUUAAUUUUACAGUCUCUAGUCAAUUUACUUCACUUAAUGUAUAAUCCGUGCACCGACUUCUGUUGUACAAUUAAUCUGAUCACCCCUUCUAGGAAAACAAAAGACCUACAACCAUGACGAUACAAAUUAAUGACCUAAUAGAGAGCAUUGAUCAACUCUCGCCUUCAAAAGUACACAUCUGCGCCCCUGAACAAACCACAGCAAUUUUGACCACACCAAAUAAAUUUAUUAAAAUCUUUACUCAGAAUAUCAGAUCAAUAAACUGUAACUUUCUAAGCUUACAAACUUUUAUGCAUCGUAUUCCAUUUGACUCUGACUUGGUCAUUUUAACUGAAUGCUGGUUGUCCUGUGCUUGUAAUUCUAUCAUUCCGACGCUACAAAACUAUACUAUGUGCAAGACCACUAACCAUAUUAACCAAAGCGACGGAGUGGUGGUAUACAUUAGGGCAGGACUCACAGCCAUCUGUGAUGAGCUCAACUUCAAUCAAGCAGCUUCUGGAAUCGUUAUUAAAAUAAAUUCCGACUUAGCAGUAAUCGCCAUAUACAGAUCACCCUCGACUGAAAACAUUAACAAUUUCUUAUUAGCCCUCAAUAGCCUACUUUCAACACUAACUUCCUUUAAAAAAGUAGCAAUAACAGGUGAUCUCAAUAUCGAUAUUAAACUUAACACUAACGACACUCGUUCAAACGAUUACUUAAAUGUCUCGCUUUUAAUGGUUUCCUCCCUGCUCACACCCUUCCUACUAGAGGUAACAACUGCUUAGACCAUAUCGUCAUAAGAACAAAGUCCCCUACACUAACAUUUGUAUAUGAAUCCACCAUUACCGACCAUUAUUCUACCAUGUUUUGUGUGAAUUAUCAUAGGAUUAGGCAAAUGGUCACGUCCUCCGUCAGUAAGAUCGAUUACGAAGCACUCGACAAUACAAUAUCUAAAAUAGACUUUACCCCACUUUUUGCGGUAACAGAUUCGAAUACGCUAGCCGACGAGCUUACAAAACUAUUAAGAUUAGCUAUUAACAAACAUACUACAGUCAAAAAAGUUCCAUCACAAAAGAAAAUACUCAAACCGUGGAUUACUCCCGGACUACUAAGAUGUAUAAAACACAGGGAUGCGCUACACAAAAAAGUAAAACAAAGUCCAACCAAUGAAAUCUUGACUAUUACUUAUAAGCGAUAUAGAAACUUCUGUACCAGUAUUCUUAAAAAAACUAAGAGACGCUAUGAUGCACAACAAAUACAAAAAGCCACUAAUAAUCCAAAAUUACUAUGGGACAC